AUGGAUCCAGUAACGGCUCAUGGCCAUUCCCUUCCACCUCCUUUCCACACAAGAGAUUUCCAAUUACACCACCAGCAGCAACAACAGCACCAAUUUCACCACCAACAGCAGCAGAAUUCAGAAGAUGAGCAAAGUGGUAGUAGCAGUGGGCUAAACAAGUCAAUGAAACGAGAGCGAGACGAAAGUAACAAUAAUAUGGGCAACAGUGAAGGGAAAGAGCUCAUGACUUCAGGCUCAGGAGAAGGAGAGAUCAGUAGAAGACCACGAGGCAGACCUGCUGGAUCCAAGAACAAACCAAAGCCCCCAAUUAUCAUCACAAGGGAUAGCGCAAACGCACUACGCACCCACUUGAUGGAGGUUGCUGAUGGAUGUGAUAUUGUUGAGAGUGUUGCUACAUUUGCUAGGAGAAGACAAAGAGGGGUUUGCAUUAUGAGUGGAACUGGGACAGUAACAAAUGUAACCCUUAGGCAACCAGCUUCGCCAGGUGCAAUUGUAACUUUACAUGGUAGAUUUGAGAUAUUAUCACUAGCUGGAUCAUUUCUGCCACCACCAGCUCCACCUGCAGCUACUGGCUUAACCAUAUAUUUAGCUGGGGGACAAGGGCAAGUUGUGGGUGGGAGUGUUGUUGGUACACUUACCGCUUCAGGUCCUGUUGUGAUUAUGGCAGCCUCAUUUAGCAAUGCUGCUUAUGAGAGGCUCCCUCUAGAAGAGGAGGAUCCACAGAUGCCUAUGCAAGCGGGUGCAAUGGGGUCACCAGGAGCAGUGGGGCAGCAGCAACAACAGCCACAGCAGCAGCAGGUUAUGGCGGAGCAAAACUCGCAACUAUUUCAUGGAUUGCCUCCUAAUCUUCUGAAUUCCAUUCAGUUACCAGCUGAUGCAUAUUGGGCUACCGGUCGCCCACCAUACUAA